GUCAUCAGUAUUUGAUAGUCCGUCUCCACCGACGUAUCGCUAUGCCGUGUUUGAAACUCCUCAUAGCGUUAUCCCUGUCAUUGCCAGCUUACGUUCGUUAUUAUAGUUAAAUGGUUUGAAGUCGUGAAAAGUGUGACAGAUUGUGGAAUUUAUGUAACUGGAUUAACACGUCAUCCCUUAAUUCCACUUUUGUACAAGUGCAUUAUACUGAUAAUGAUCAAGUAAAUAUAAAGCUAACUGGGGCUACCAUGGUCAAACAGGUCCUGAGUAUUGGGCAGAUAUGUAUCCAGAAUCGGACUGCGGCGGCAGGAGUCAAUCACCGAUCGAGUUUUCAAGCAUGGACACGGAGUACAGGAGCUUCGAUCCACUGGUUUUAACAAACCUUGUGCCGGUGAACGAGGUGCAAAUGUAUUUAGAAAAUAAUGGACACACGCUAAUGGUGCAUUUAAAUGGUUCAGAGGAGAUUUCUGGAGCUGACCUAGGAAACACAUACAUAGCCGAGCAAUUUCACUUCCACUGGGGUAGCGACGAUUCCGUAGGCUCCGAGCACCUCAUUGAUGGCAGGCAGUAUCCGGCCGAGCUACACAUCGUUCAUUAUGACAUCGACAGAUUCAGUUCUAUCAAUACAGCAAUAACUCAACCAAGAGGUCUUGCUGUCUUAGGAUUCUUUUUUGAGAUUGAUGGGAAUAACACAAAUGCAGCAUUUCAAUCGCUGUGUGACUUGAUUGAGCAUGUUCCAUACGAAGGCAAUGCAACCGUGUUUCGUAGGCCGUUUAAUGUUAUGACACUGUUACCCAAGAAUUUAGAUGACUAUUUUCGCUACGAUGGUUCCCUGACCACACCAGAUUGUCACGAAAGCGUUGUGUGGACUGUUUUCAACGAACCGAUCAAAGUUUCACAAGAUCAG